AUGGCUGCACGAGACAGAAACUCCAUCUACUCCUUUGGAGAAGAUGGUGUUACUGCAAGCGUAGCCUCUGGGCGCCUCCUACGAUUGUCGCGACACUUUGACCAGCAAGAUUUUGGUUACUGCGUCGACCCACCAUACAUGCCAGAACCCUAUUACGUCGUUGAUCGUAUCACAUCACUACUCUCUAUGGCGGAUGAUCUUUUUGAGAAUCAAGGAAUUGACCCCAAGGUCGAUGUCCUUGGCUCCAUUUUUGACAUGUCAACCAAAGUUGUCCAUGAUCGCUGGCCUCUCUUCACCAUCGAAGUACUCGGUGGUAACACCAAGGUCCAGUUCGUUGCAUCUGGUGGCACCGUCUAUCAGACCUACGAAUUCAACUUUGAGGGGACCGAUAUCCAACUGCCAGAGGUAGCAAUGAGGACGGACCUGCUCAUACGUCAACUCGAUUUCAUCGAUCCCUCCAAUUCCUUCAACAAACACGAGCCAUUGGACGAUGCUUACAAAACCGAGCUUUCGGGAAAGGUGAGUAUCCCUGUCAUUGCAGAGGGUGAUGACGAGCCUGCUAUCGCCCUCACGUGUGGAGAUGUGGAUGGCCAUCGAGUUACGACGGCAGCAAGUUUGAAUCUAUCCAACAGUCCAUCCUCUCCCCAUUGCUGGGUUAGUGGCAAGGAAAUCCGCACAUGGGACCAGAACCUAUACCUCCCUCCCAAGUCCCUGGUCGAAGUUCCCUUUCAAAUCAUCAAGGCUGGUGACUUUCUCGAGCGACACAAAGAAUGGCCAGUCCCUCCGGAGGCAGGCGAGGCUAUCCAGACCUGGAUCAAGGAGCUUGACAAGACAAACAAGCUUGGUCGAUAUGCCUUUCCGAGGUAUAGUGAAGAGCCUACCGACAGUUUUUACUUUACCGAUCACGUCUUCAUCUGGCGCGCUAUCAAGUCUGCUGAAAGCCUGGGCUUGGAAGCAAUGCUCAAUGUGCCCGUCCAACCCGAAAGCGAGGAUCAUGAAAAGACCCAGUCCAUGAAGAACAACGGCAAAAUGCGGAACUAUUCUUCUAUUCACAUUCAAGAUCAGAUUCUCAGGCGAUUCACUACUGAGAACCCAGUAUCCAAGAAACGAAUGAUCGCCGUAUCCAGGAGCCCAGCUCACAAUCGGUUUCUGCUGCGUACCAAAGACUCCGGACUAUUUGAUGCCAUGGAUGCCGGGCUAUUUGACAAGCCUGGUGCACAAAAGGGACAAGACUACUGGCAAAACAAGGUUGAUGUGUGGAAAAAUCUUAUCGAUUGCCAAAUCUACCAUGAGGAUAACGACGAUACAACCUGGGAUGAGCCACUGCGGUUUGCCCUGUCAUUCAUCAUGGCACAGGUUGGGCAACGCAUGAACCGACGACCCGCAGGGGAGAUGGGAGCGCACGCCAUGUCAGUACUGCUUCAAAGCACCUGGCCCAAUGGACUCUUCGCCGGUCAACUUGAUGCCAACAAAGAGCCGAUUUUCUACCAUGACGAAGUCAAGCGAGAUGCAUACUGGGCAAUUUCGUUCGAGAUCCCAUACAUUCUUUGGAAAUACUUACGCCUUGCUUCGACCAGCAAUCGCCUUCCCCAGCCACAGAGCAAAGAUGGUUCCUCGUUUAGAGGUACGAAGGUCGACUCAAGCUCUGAUUUCGAACUCUUGAAGUCUCUCAGAGACCUCUUGCUGUCCCAGAUCAGCGCCAAAGGAUCAGCUUACCCUGUGGUUACCUCCAUGCAGCACAGCUUCCCGUUCAACAACGUCGUGGACCAGAAGAACAUUGUGGAACUUGCAGACGAGUGGCUUUAUAACGAACCAGACUUCUUUGCCCAUGUUACUAAGAGGAACGAGGAGUCGACCCCCGUUUUAGACUCUAGAGAUGCCUGGCGAGGCAUCCUCAAGCUUUGGGUAUCUGAUAGGGUGGCGAUCGCAGUGGUUGACGUACCCAGGACCAAGGAUACGAAAAAGAACUCGCUAAGUCUCGAUCAUUUGAUGAGAAGAUUCCGCGACGCAUCUGAUCUCGAAGACUUCAUGCAGCAGAAAAGGUUCCAAACCAAGGCCAAAAAGAGGUUCUGCGCUUCGUUUGGCGAGUCCCCAGAGUUCAACAAAGGCUACCAUCAGACUGCCUCGGAACAAGCAGCAAUGAUAGCUUUCUCCGAUAGACACGCCUCGUACGAUAAGUUCUUCUCCGAGGUGACGACUGCGGAACUAAACAAGUGGACAACCGAGCUUCAUCUGUCCUUUUAUGCAAUCGACCGGACAGGAUCAAGCUUCAGUCCACGCAUGGUCUCCCGGAGACUGAGGGAAGACGGGACUCCCAAGAGGCUCACCAGGGUGGCCAUGAGCUUCCGGUUCGAUGGAGAUUUCUUUGAUCGGUACUGGACCUGUCACUUUUUGGAAUCUGAUCGCCUGAUGCCAAAAAAUUUCAAUGUUGAAGAUGAAGUGAAAGCACUACUUCGACCUAAUGGCAUCAGGGGAACCAGUGACAAAAAGGCACCUUGGCGACAGCGGAGAGUUUUGGAGCUCUUGCUAUUCGGCAGGAUCAUGCUCCGGAUGCAAAAGUGCACGACUGGCAUUUUGGAAGAGGCAAAACACAACACAUGGAGGAAGCUUUCCGGAAGCGACAGCGAGGCGGAGGGGGAACCCGGCAACUCCUUUGGUGAAGUUGACUAUGACACCUUCCUUACGACUAGCAGGCAGUGUCAACAGUAUCAACAGAUGCUACAAACAGUCGAGCAGGAUCUCCAUGACAACUUGGCCAAGAUUGAGCUAUGGAUGAACCGAGAAAAGGAGCGUGAGACCGAGAAACCACGGUGGACCUUCAACGACGAGAGCAGAUACCGCAGCGUCAUUUCAAAGCUCCUUGUAUCCAACCAGCAUUGCAUCCAGGAACUCACUCGCAGCCACGCCAGCAUCUCCAACUUCAAUGACGCACUGACUAAGAAACUCGAGAUCAUCCGCAGCGACCUUGACCAACGUCGGGCAGACGACAUCAAGCGAUUCACGUACGUGACGGUCGUGUUUCUGCCUCUGGGCUUUGCCACGGGGGUUUUCAGCAUGAACGGGGCACCAGCUGGUCGAACACUUAGCAGCAUGGUGAUAACCGCGGUUGUCGCUCUGCUUACCACUGGGCUGCUUCUGAAAUUGGCAGAGCGGUUGGAGAUGCUAUACAACUGGUGCUCCAGGCAUGUCCACCGCCUGGUUGCCAGUCUGCGACGCCGUAUACUUGGCAGGGGCCGAGGAAAAGUGGCUUUUGAUGGCGUUUGA